UCCAUCACGCUACUCUUCUCUUUUACCGCCUCCCGGAAGUAAAAACUACAUUUCCCUUGAGCGCCCACAGACGUCGACGUCGCGCAGUUCUUUGUCGUCGCGCAGCGCUCUUUAUACGCACUUCCGGCCACUCGCCCCUUCCUUUUCUUUCGGCUGCGCGCGGCGGCAAGAUGGCGGUGCAGAUUUCCAAGAAGAGGAAGUUUGUCGCUGAUGGCAUCUUCAAAGCUGAACUGAAUGAAUUUCUUACUCGGGAGCUGGCUGAAGAUGGGUACUCCGGAGUUGAAGUUCGAGUUACACCAACUAGGACAGAAAUCAUUAUCUUGGCCACCAGGACACAGAAUGUUCUUGGUGAGAAGGGCCGGCGGAUCCGGGAAUUGACUGCUGUGGUUCAGAAGAGAUUUGGCUUCCCUGAGGGCAGUGUAGAGCUUUAUGCAGAAAAAGUGGCCACAAGAGGUCUGUGUGCCAUUGCCCAGGCAGAGUCUCUGCGAUACAAACUCCUCGGGGGCCUUGCUGUGCGGAGGGCCUGCUAUGGUGUGCUGCGGUUCAUCAUGGAGAGUGGGGCCAAAGGCUGCGAGGUCGUGGUGUCUGGGAAACUUCGAGGACAGAGAGCUAAAUCCAUGAAGUUUGUGGAUGGCUUGAUGAUCCACAGUGGGGACCCUGUUAACUACUACGUUGACACCGCCGUGCGCCAUGUGCUGCUCAGACAGGGUGUGCUGGGGAUCAAGGUAAAGAUCAUGCUGCCUUGGGACCCAACUGGUAAAAUUGGCCCUAAGAAGCCGCUGCCUGACCACGUGAGCAUUGUGGAACCCAAAGAUGAAAUACUGCCCACCACCCCCAUCUCCGAACAGAAGGGUGGGAAGCCAGAGCCACCCGCCAUGCCCCAGCCAGUACCCACAGCAUAAUAGGGUCUCCUUGGCAGCUGGAUCUGGAGUCUGGAUGUUGUUCUGUAAAGACAUUUAAUAAAAUCUUUUCAAAAGA